UACUGGCAAAUGUGCGAGUAUACAUGCACGCUGAUAAGGUCUACAUGGCACCCAAUUGGAAAGCUCUUACAUAAUUAAGUGAAUAGUCAGCGAAUCGGUCGAGUGACCGCAACGCAUUGCAUUCACCAUUGCGAAUAAUCAGAUUCGAGACAACGUUCAGAAGUUCAUACUCGAAUCAGCUAUGUUUCUUUAUACAUCUUAAUUUCUGUUUCUGGAACCGCCGCCUAUAAUAAUUUGCAAUCUUACUGCAGGGAAAAGAAUUGAAAGUAAAGAGGAAUAUAAUGUUUUACACACAAAGUAUAAUAUACCUUCAAAACCACACACGUUCUCUAAGGACAAAAUUAUUUUAUUAAUGAUUUAAGCGUGGAUGCACAUAAUAAUACUACUUUUUAUGGUCAAAAUGCUUCUAUGCAUAAUUGCAUAGCUAAAAGCCAUCCGCCAGACUUAAAACAAAUAAUAUCAUUGUCAAAUUAUAUAACAUAUUACAAAUCAUUACAUAAUAUCAUUGUCCCAAAACCAAAUAGUAGGAAAAACAUUUACCAGCUUAAGAUUAUCAAGAUUUUAAGAUUUUAGUAUAAUUUUUAAACUUACCAACCAUUUACGACUACAUUUUGUCGUUACACGCUUUUCCAGUCAGAUGCGCAUCCUGAGGAUCGAUGUAAAACCCAUAUCUCAUCUUCUAAGUGACUUUUUACGCAGUAACCUGAGCUCGAGCCGUAACCUGCCUAAUAAAUGUCAGCAAUUUGAGCAAAUAAUUUUGACAAUUCUAUUGUCAACCACCGCAGAGCACAUAGGGCCCUCGAUAUACUUCCUACUUCCAUCCAGCGACCCACAUCAUCGUAAUCAUCAUCAAAUUGCCGUGGUGGUUGGCAUAAUUUUCGCGAAGUAAAAAGAAGAGCAAACAAAAAUUGAAACAUAAAAAUGUAAUUUGGCUGUGUGGGUGACACUGAUGGCAAUGGGGCAACCCAGUGUUAAAUACUUGAACCUUUUUUGCGCUGUGUACCACAUAAAAGUACAUUAAAAUAAUGCCUGUUUAGGUCACAGACAGCUGGGGCAGAGCGAAAGGCUCGUAGAGUCAUUUAUUUAUGACAGCCACCUUCUCACCCAAGCGAAAUUUAUGCUAAACGGGAAAGAAGUUUCAAAUUUAAGGGGUGGCAGUUGCGGCUCUCGGCAAUGAAAUGCCCUGCCAAAAGGACAAUGGAUCUGCGCUGGCUGUUAAUCAGUGCAAGUUUCGGAAAGUAAUCAGCAAAUAUUUGCCCACUUUUUGUUGCGAUUUUCUCGAGCAUUCUCUUAAUUUUCAUAAAAGCGCGAUUUCUUUCCUCUGCCGCAUUGUUUGCUCGAUUGUUCUUGUAUUUAUUUCCAUCUCAGAUACAAAUGUUAAUCUAUCAAAGGAAAUCUGAUUUACUGGCAACCUUCGACCAAAGCAAUUGCAUCAUCAUUUCGUUUGAUUUUCGAGAGCCCUUGUAUCAUCUUGCCUUAUAAGGGAUGGACUACUUUCACAAUUAUCUUGGCCAUCGAGGCGUAAUGAUCAACUGAAAACUGUGCUUUUGAUUCAGUUCAAUUCAACUACUCAUCGGCAGCGGUUUAAAUUCAAAAUGGCAUCUUCGAUGGAUUUACUCUACCUUUUUGGCAUCUUGGUCAUUAGCAGCAUGCUUCUGGAAACUUCGGCGCUGGACAGCGAAGUUGUGGAAUCCGUAACCGGUGGUCCCAAAUCAAGCAACCUUAGUGAAGAUGUGAAAAUAAGUCUGGAGAAAACGUGGAGCCCUAAUGGAUCUAUGCAGGCGCAGCCGUAUAAUAUUCUGGAGACCAACUGUCCACAUGGUUAUGUCCUGGCUAACAAACAUUGCCACAAGCGUGCCUAAAAGUUAUUUAGUAUUGAAAUAAAUGUAAAGGUUAUGUAAAGCCAACUUCACUUGUAACAAAUUUUGAAUUACCUUAUGCUAUAGCUAAGUGUCUGCAAGAAAACUCUGGCCACCCGUUGUCCAGAAUUUUUACACAAUUGACUCAGGUUACCAGAGAAGCCCCUCGAUUGCCCCCGAUUACCCCGCACUCCUGGUUAACUAUCAACCAAUAUGUUGCGGUUGCCUCCAUGUCCAGCCUGGCCAGCAGCCCCACCUCCGCUCGGAGCCAACACUACCCAAGGGACGGGAUGGCUCGGCUGACCGCACACAUAAUUUGCGACAGCAACCGCAAAGUGCGGCCGCACAGGAUCCCCACUCCGUUCAAUACUCAGUCCCUGACUGAUAUGCAACCCGGGGGCUGUCAUUAGUUAGAGGUCCAUUAACAAAAAUGCAGCCGAUGGAUGCUGCAAUGUCCAGACGGUCGAGCGUCAUUUACAGGUAGCAGCUGCAUUGACAGGACCCCAAAAGCAGGACUCCAAGAGCAGGACCCCAAAGGCAGGACUCCAUCUGAGGGUCCAGAAGUUGGCGCGUUAAUUCAGGAGUACGCCAUGAAAUAUGACAACACGGGGAGCUCUGCUUCGCUGACUGAGUAAAUAAGUUUCCACACUUUGGUUAUGCUCAGAAAUUAUUUAUUUGUUGUAAUCAAUAUAGUUUUUUCAACAUUGAUACAAUUUGAUUAUGACUCAUUAUUAUGAUUUUUAUGGCUCAGUGGCUUUACCACUCGCAUUUUCCGGGCCUGAGCC